UCCCAGGUCCUGCAGAGAUCAAUGACCUCAGACAAUGUGUGGGAGUGCAAGAGGACCCUGCAGGCCUGCUCCCAGCUGCUGGCUGUUUGUGAAGAGCUUCGAAGAGGAGAUGCCUGCGAGCACUUUGGCUCCUUGGUGGGAUUGCUGGCGCCUCUGACGUGUGACCCCAUGCCCACAUCCCGCCAGCUGGCUGUCACCUGUCUGAGCUCCCUUCUCCGAAUCCAAGCCAAGGUGGCCAACGGAGUCAUCGAGACAGGAGACAUGGGGAGCCUGUGUGAGGGGCUGCAUGCCUGCAGCACUGUCUCUCAGCUCCAGACCUCGUCCAAAAUUGCGCGGAUUGUAUGCAGAGACUUCCCCCUGGAACACACUGUUGACUUCAUGAUGGCCCUCAAGGAGACCUUCUGGAGAGCCAAAGGAAUGUGUGUGUGUGCUGCUGGGAAGUGGAUGAUCACCUUUCUGCAGAUGUACGGGAAGGACGUCUGUCAGGAUGUGCCAACAAUCCUCCACAUCCUAUACAGCUGCACGUCAUGCAUGCAGCAGAGCACGUUCAUGCCUUUCCUGUGCCAGGCUGUGGUCAUCCUCAUCUGCUGUCAUGAAGAGGUCACAAUUGACAACUUCUCCCGGCUGCUUGGGCCCACAGACAGGUAUUGCCACUCCUGCCUUUGCUGUUGCUAUGGUCACAUUUGUAGCUUGUCUCUGCCAGAGGGAUCCCGUCAGGAAGCAGCUUUUCCUUUUUCCUCUCAAAGUCUGUUUGAGGUGAAAAUUACUCAGUCACAACUUGAGACUUUCUUUUUUCUAGUGAGACAUGGAGGAGAAUAAGAGAGUUUUGUCUUUGAUGGUGGAGCCGAUAGAAGAAA